CGUUUCGGUCGUGGAUACACCCUUUGCAAAACAAUCAAUUUAUAAGUUUAGGUUCUAAUAAGGAAUUAUCAUAUGGGUUGUUGUAGGUGUCAUCAUGGGCACAUGCGCCUUGUUGAUUGUGUUGGCGGCGUUGCUGCCGCACUACAUCGCGGGCAUCGUGCUGUUCGUGCCGGGCGUGUGCGGCAUCGCCGCCAACACCGUGCUGGCUGCAGCCGUGGUCGAGGUGUUCCCCACCAGCAUGAGAGCCCUGGCGAUGUGCACCCUCUUCAUGAUAGGGCGGCUGGGCGCGGCGGUAGGGUCUCAUACGCUGGCGGAGGGACUAGAGAGAAAUUGUAUCGUCAUAGUCCUGCUUAUUACCAUACUCACUACAGUGACGGGGCUCCUGUUGUUCCUGUGGCCGGAUAAUGAAAAAGUAAGGGCUACGAUGCAGGCGCAAAAUUUCAACUAUUGAAGACUACACCAAUUGUAUAUUUGUAAAAAUACUCUCUUG